CAGCAAUCCUUGCACACAACAGGCGACGAGUUAGUCAACCCACAGUAAACGGCUCCGUAUUUCGCGCAGAUGUAGCCCGAAUCCGCCAGGCGGCCCCAGAUUCGGCACACGAUUCGCUCUGGCCUCUGCAGUCUCCAUCGUGUUGGUCGAUUCGGCGAAUGAACGGCCUUCAUUUGACGAGACGUUGACUGAACUAGAGCCAGUGGAGAGGCGUGACUUAAAGUGGGAUGUGUUUGGCUUUGCCGGGCUACUUCCGCCGACCAUCUCGCUGAUAUAUUAAUGCUGGCCGAGCCCUUGCAUGUCCAUUGAUACUACUUCCUCCUCUCUCCCUUGUCUGUGGCAUCAUCCUACAAACCACAAUAUUCGCAUCACCUAAUACUACGCAUCAUAUAUUAAACAUGUCUGCAAACGGCAAUGGCGUCAAGAAAGAGCGCACGCCUCUGCGUGCUGGUGUUUACUCACCCACAAUGACCUUCUUCGAUCCUGAGACAGAAGAGCUCGACGUGCCUACAAUCAAGAAGCACGCUGUUCGACUCGCCAAGGCCGGCCUGGUCGGUUUAGUCACCAUGGGAUCUAACGGCGAAGCGGUCCACCUCUCUCGUGCAGAGAAGCAGACUGUCACACGAGCAACCCGCGAAGCUCUUGAUGAAGCCGGCUACCAGAAUGUUCCCGUCAUCGUUGGUGCCUCAGAACACGGCAUCAAGCUCACCAUCGAACUCGCCAAGGAGGCCGAGGCAGCUGGCGGUGAAUACAUCUUGACUGUUCCCCCUUCUUACUACCGUUAUGCCAUCGAUGAGGAGGCCAUCGAGGAGUACUUCACAAAGGUCGCCGACGCCUCGCCCUUGCCCAUCCUUAUCUACAACUACCCUGGCGCCGUCUCUGGAAUCGACAUCGACUCAGACUUGCUCAUCAAACUUGGCAAGCACCCCAACAUUGUCGGUACCAAGUUCACAUGCGGCAGCACAGGAAAAUUGACCCGUGUUGCUUACGCUCUCGACGCGGUUUCCACCAAGGGCACAGGAAGCGGGUACCUGGCACUUGGAGGCAUUGCCGAUUUCACAGCUCAGACAGCCAUGUCUGGUGGCUCUGGUAUCAUUGCUGGUGGCGCCAAUGUCAUCCCCAAGACAUGCGUCAAGGUCUGGAACCUGUGCACAGAGGGCAAGUACGAGGAGGCGUUCGAACUGCAGAAGAAACUGAGCAAGGGUGACUGGGUUCUGACCAAGGCUGCCAUUCCUGGCACCAAGUCAGCAAUCCAGAGCUACUUCGGCUACGGUGGUUACCCAAGGACGCCGCUGAAGAGGUUGUCGAAGGAGAAGACCCAGGCUGUUGCAGAUGGUAUUAAGGAGAUCAUGGAGAUCGAGAACAGCCUGUAAGCACAUGUUGUCAGGCCAAGAGAUUUCGGGGGCUCAAAGCGUUGUCAUGCAUUUACGAACUUCAACAUGUAUAUAGUCAUCCAAUAACG